AUUCAACCAAAUCUUCACUCAUUAUUAUUAUACCAAAUUACGGUUUAAAUUAUUCCAUUUCCCAAAAUAAGUUUUCAACACCAUUUUUUCCUAUAAAAAGACCAACCAGACUCUCAACUUUUCAUCACACUCAAACAAACAAACACAGAGAGAAAAUAAGGUUAAAACAAGAGAGAAAAAAACAUGUCUGGUUGGGCUAUUGCUGUUCAUGGCGGUGCAGGUGUGGAUCCUAACCUCCCACCACACCGUCAGCAAGAAGCCAAACAGCUUCUUACCGAAUGUCUCAAUCUCGGUAUCUCUGCUCUCCGAUCCAAUGCUUCCGCCCUCGACGUCGUCGAACUCGUCGUGAGAAAGUUAGAAACAGACCCACUUUUCAAUUCUGGCCGUGGAUCUGCUCUGACAGCAAAAGGAACGGUGGAAAUGGAGGCUAGUAUCAUGGAUGGUACCAAGAGAAGAUGUGGUGCUGUAUCUGGUGUUUCCACCGUGAAAAAUCCAAUCUCUCUUGCUCGUCUUGUCAUGGAAAAAUCCCCUCAUUCCUACCUCGCCUACACCGGUGCAGAAGAAUUUGCUAGGGAACAGGGCGUGGAGACUGAGGACAAUGAAUAUUUCAUCACUCCUGAUAAUGUUGGUAUGCUGAAACUCGCAAAGGAAGCUAAUACAAUUUUGUUUGAUUAUCGAAUUCCAACGGAAAAAUGUGCUGGAACUGAAAGUCCAGUGAAAAUGAAUGGUCUGCCGUUAAGCAUUUACGCCCCGGAGACUGUAGGAUGUGUGGUGGUGGACAGUCAAGGAAGAUGUGCUGCUGCAACCUCAACUGGAGGGCUAAUGAACAAAAUGAGUGGUCGAAUUGGUGAUUCACCUCUCAUUGGUGCUGGAACUUAUGCAUGUGAAGUGUGUGGAGUUUCAUGCACUGGUGAAGGUGAAGCUAUCAUUCGUGGCACUCUCGCACGUGAAGUGGCUGCAGUUAUGGAGUACAAAGGCUAUGAACUUCAACAAGCUGUGGAUUUUGUGAUUAAGGAUCGUCUUGAUGAAGGGUUUGCUGGUCUUAUUGCUGUGUCCAACAAGGGUGAAGUGGCUUAUGGGUUCAAUUGUAAUGGAAUGUUUAGGGGCUGUGCUACUGAGAAUGGGUUCAUGGAGGUGGGAAUUUGGGAAUGACAUAAAUAAUUAUAUAAAAUAGUAUUGAGCUUGUUGCUGGUCCUUUUUUUAACUGGGGUUCUAGCUUUGGUUUAAAUAGGUGGGAGUCAUUUAGUCCUUUGAAUUUUAGUUGCAAGGGUUAUUUUGUUUUCUACCCUAGAAUUGGGUACUUAUGUUUUCGUUUCUUCCAGGGAUGUAAAUCAUUAUCAUAUAAGUAAUACAAGAUGAUGAUUUUAAUAUUUUUGAUCUCA